AUGUUUGCUCGUGUGCAUGUUGCUCGCUUUUCACAGAAGGAAUCUAGCGCAUUUGGCAUUUCAGUUUUGUUUUUGCUACUCAGCACGUUUCGUGGGCGAAUUUCUCUGAUGAAGCGGCUGCCCCCGCUGAUGGCCGCGGCCUACAGUCCCAAAGAUGUGGAAAGUGAAUGGUAUGAGUGGUGGGAAAAGUCCGGCUUCUUCCACCCUGCAUCCGAUGUGGGCCGCAAGCACAAUGGCAAGACGUUUGUCAUUGUAUCUCCUCCACCCAAUGUCACUGGGUAUUUGCACCUUGGCCACUCCUUAACGGGGUCUGUGCAGGACACACUUAUUCGAUUCCACCGCAUGAAGGGCGACAACACCUUGUAUGUUCCUGGGACAGAUCACGCCGGUAUUGCCACGCAAGUGGUUGUGGAGAAACGCCUUAUGCGUGAAACCGGUGAGACGCGUUACGACCUUGGUCGAGAAGAGUUUCUCAAACGUGUGUGGGAAUUUAAAGAAAACCACGCCGGUGUGAUUACACGGCAGCUGCGGCAAAUUGGCCUCAGUUUGGAUUGGUCGCGAGAGCAUUUUACGAUGGAUAAACACUGUGCGGGGGCGGUAGUGGAGGCUUUCGUGAGGCUGCACGAGGAUGGCCUGGUGCACCGCUCCACCCGCCUUGUGAACUGGUGCUGUGCGCUACAGAGCGCCAUCUCUGACUUGGAGGUGGAGUUUGUGGAUGUGCCCAAGAAUACUAAACUUGCCGUUACUGGCUAUGACAAGAAGGUCGACAUGGGUGUGCUAACGCACGUUGCCUACAAGUUUGAGGACAGUGAUGAUGAGAUUGUUAUUGCCACGACUCGGCCAGAGACCAUUCUGGGCGAUACGGCGGUUGCCGUCCACCCUGACGAUGAGCGCUAUAAAAAGCACCAUGGGAAACGCUUGAGGUGUCCUUUCCGCGAUGAGACCAUUCCGCUGAUCCUCGACCCUGUCUUGGUUGACGUGAGCUUUGGCACAGGCGCCGUAAAAAUUACCCCCGCACAUGAUCCAAAUGACUUUGAGGCGGGCAUUCGACACAAUUUGCCGCAACUCACCAUGAUGGACCUACAUGGACGAAUUUCCAUGGAUGGCCCGUUUAAAGGAAUGCAUCGCUUUGACUGCCGUCGCGAAAUUGUGAAGGCGCUUGAGCGGAUGGGCCUUCUACGCGAGGUGGUCCCCUACGAGUACCGUGUUGGUCGCUGCAGUCGUACAGGCGACAUUGUGGAGCCGCUGCUGAUGCCACAGUGGUUUGUCGACUGCAAGGAAAUGGCGCGUAAGUCGGUGGAGGCGGUGCGUAACAAGGAACUGCGUUUGUACCCCGCCUCGCACGAGGCGGUUUGGUUUCACUGGUUGGAGAACAUAAAGCCAUGGUGCGUUUCUCGUCAGCUGUGGUGGGGGCACCGCAUUCCCGCAUACAAGUGCCUAGGCGUGGAAGCAUCCGACCCCGAAGAUCUCUGGGUGGUGGCUCGCAACAUUGAGGAGGCGAAGUCCAAGGCACGUGCAAGGUUUAACCUGACCGAUGCCGAAUUGGAGCAAUUGGUACUGGAACAAGACCCGGAUGUGCUUGACACAUGGUUUAGCUCUGCCAUGUGGCCUUACUCCACACUCGGCUGGCCAGGGGACACAGACGACAUGCACAGGUUCUUCCCUGGAAACUUGAUGGAGACCGGCCACGACAUCCUCUUCUUUUGGGUGGCACGCAUGGUGAUGACAUCGCUGCAGUUCACGGGGAAAUUGCCCUUCUCCGAGGUAUUUCUGCAUGCCAUGGUGCGGGACAAGAAUGGUGAGAAGAUGAGCAAGUCGAAGGGAAAUGUGAUUGACCCACUUUUUAUUAUCCACGGCGUCACCCUUGAGGAACUCCACGCCACGGUGACGAACGGCAACCUGGAGGAUAAGGAAGUUCCCCGAGCGCUAAAGUUGCAGAAGGAAACCUUCCCGAAUGGUAUUCCUGAGUGCGGUAGCGAUGCGCUCCGGUUUGGCCUUCUUUCCUACACGCAAUCAGGAAGGAGCGUCAACCUUGACAUUGACCGCAUCGUCGCCUACCGCCAAUUCUGCAACAAGUUAUGGAAUGCGGUGCGGUACGUCCUCUAUCACGCUUUGGGAAGCGAGUACAAGCCGAGCCAGACAGUUAUUGAUGUUUCCAAUGUGGAGAAUUAUCCACUGGAGUGCCGCUGGAUUCUAUCCCGCCUCGAUGUAGCUGUGGAGGAGUGCAUCCGCGGCUUCUCAGAGGGUUCCUAUGACUUUGCCCUCGCCACCAACGCGGUCUACCGCUUCUGGUUGUACGAGCUGUGCGAUGUUUUCCUUGAGCUUUCGAAGGUUUCUAUUCAGGCUGGUGGCGGCAAAAAACAGCUGGUGCAGGAUGUGCUGCUGCACGUGGUGGAAGCCGCGCUCCGACUGCUGCACCCUAUGAUGCCUUUCCUCACAGAGGAGCUCUGGCAUCACCUGCCAAAUUACAAUAGCUUUGGAGUAGAGAGUAUCAUGCUCGCCCCGUAUCCUACUGUGGCUGGGUGGAGAAAUGACACGGUGGAGGAGCAGAUGAAGCUCAUGAUGGAUACAGUGCACAAUGUUCGUUCCACCAAGGCCUCCUACGCGCUUACGAACAAGCACAGGCCUGAUGUGUGGAUUACCGCCCAAACCGCCGAGGUGAGGCAGUUGCUCAUGGACCACGCGUACAUGGUCUCGUCUCUCGGUGUGGUGGGAAAUGUCUCUGUCAUUUCACCUGAGACGGCGGAGACAAGUGUUCCAAAGGGCUGCGGGUUUUCCGUGGUGAACAAGGAGGUGGGCGUCAACAUGAUGCUCCUUGGCUUCAUUGACGUGCAGAAGGAGGUGACAAAGCUCGAUAAGCAGCUUGGGGGGCUGCAAAAGCAGAUUGAGGGCCUCAAGAAGAAGAUGUCGAUUCCAAACUAUGACACGAAGGUCCCUGCCGAGGUGCGGGCUGCCAAUAGAGAGAAGCUGGAGACGCUCACGUGUCAGGAGAGGCAACUCCAAGAAGGCCUGGAGAAGAUGAAGGCCAUGCUUUAG